CAGCUGGCCCUUGCCAGCAGACACUGUUUAAGUGGAGCAGCAAGAAAGCAACAAAAAAAUAUAACAACUCAGGAUAAAUACAUAAGUGUUCAUAAGAGCAGCAAGCGGCAAGCAACAAGCCAUGCUGAGGCGAAAAGCGUAAAAACAUAAAAGCGGAAAAGUGUAAAAAAAUUAAACUUAAUUUACGAAGGAAAGAAGAGUUUAGAAAGCUGCAAAAAAAGUGUGGAAAAAUUUAAAAAAAUAUGAUGAAAAUGUUGACGGGCGUGUAAAUUUGUAAAGUAGAACUAGCAAAAGUUGAAACAAAGGCUGUGUUCACUGUGAAAAUUCAAGGAAAGCCUUGCUUGACAAAGCUAUGAGAGUUAUCUUCCCAAUAGCUGCAUUAUCGCCUACUGUAGUGGUUAAGAAGAGAUUGUGAGAGAGUAAAACCAAGAGAGGAAAAGAGAGCGAAAGUUCGUUCGAAAGUGAUCGAAAAGGAGCCAGAGUGCUAAACUUUUAACGCUGCCCUUGCCAAAAAAAAAAACCUUUCAAUUCGCUCCCUGCUUUACCCACAUCUCCACGCUCGCCAUUGUUGUCACCUAGGUCGCUCGCCCGCAGCGGGGCGUUAUUAUGCAGAAGAAGCCACCAUUGCCGUUGACGGCAUUCAUUGGCGGCCCCACCCUCAUACCCGCCUCCCAAUCGGCGACCAGUUCGAGCAGCAGCAGCAGCCUUGGCAGUGGAAUGUGUUUUCCCAGCAGUAAAAGUGGUAGUGGCAGUGGUGGUGGCACCAGCGGCGGCGGAAGUAGCGGAGAAAAACAACGCGAUCGCCAUGGUGGCGGUGGAGGAUUGUGUGGCUGCCACAAGGCGCCCAAAUCACAUUGCAUAUCGGCGACAGGCGUCCUCCUGCUCGUACUACUCUACACCGCUAUGGGCUCCAUUAUUUUCGUCACACUGGAAGGUGAACUAGAGGACACCAGUUCACUGGAGACAGCAGUGGCGGCGUCGAAAAAAUUUCCACGCACCGAGCUGGCCAACGAGCAAAUAAGAUCGCG